AUGGACAGUCAAGGUUCGACUGCUGAUGAUGAUAGCCCUGCAAUUAAAGAAACGUCCUCUUCGUUUAAGAAAUUUCACGGUCCACAAAGUAUUGGUGAAUUGAAAAGACACUUAUAUGGAGACAAACAAUGGAAAAUUGCCGGAAAUUCUAUUGCUUCAGUUACUACGUCAGUUAUUCCGAUCACUGUAAUAUGCAAUAAUCUAUCAAAAAAUUGGCAAACGCUAUUAAAUUUCAGUUAUAAUACAAACGACAAAGAAAGAAAUGAAGUAACAUCGUUGGUUUAUAUUAUACAGACGAUCGUUGACAUAUCAAAACUACUAGAUAGUGACUCUCUCCUCUUGUUGCCAGCAUUCAAUCGAUUCGUACGGCUACUAUCUAGAAUUGCCAUGUUACCAAUUGUUGAUGAAACAUUGAAAAAUGAUGCAAAAUGUGCACGAGAUACAUUUUACCAAUUGUUCCAUUUAUUAGACUCUUCACCUCAUCUAAUGAAAUAUUUAACACAUGCUUAUGAAUGGACAGACAAAGAACAAUUUCUGGACCUUCCCACCCGCAGAUUCCAUAAUACAAUUAAGAAAGAAGGAGCUAUAUUGUACGAAACGCUUUUGUACGUAAUAUUUUAUACAUCUAACCGAGCAUGCAUGUUCACUGUGUUCGAGGAAAAUGAUCUUGAUAGUUAUCCGAACAUACUGAAAGCAUUUGUUCGUUACAUCGAUCAUUAUUUGAAAAUCACUGCAAGUUCAUCUAAUAUACCUGAUAUAUUUUUCAAUACGAUUCCAUAUAACUUGGCUGCACAAGAAAAUUUAUCUUUAACAUGGAAUCUUGUUGAUAAAACAGUAAUAGUGCCAGCAUUCGUUGCUGCUGGUUAUCCAAAAGCUGUACUUGAAUGGAUUCAAAUACCACAAUUAAAAGUUGAACAUCGAAAAGCCCUCGUUAGUAUUAUACAUAAUAUUGCUCGUGAUGCCAAAGGUGCCAUUGAAUUACGGAAGGAAGAUGGUGUAACAGUACUAGAGCGCAUUCAAAAAGAAGUAAUAGCUGACGUUGAUGAAAGUAUGCAUGUAUUGUUCUACAUGGCAUAUACGUUACUAGCCCGCGAAGAUCAGAUUGAACAGCAUGUAAAAUUGGAGAACCCUUUGUUACGUAAUAUAUUUACGAACUUGUUAAUCAACGCUAUUACCGCAUGUUUUAGUGUACUAGAGAAACAAGGAAUGUCACAAAGUGGUUUUCAUUUAUCGGAACUUUUGGUUGUCUUGGAAAAACUAUUUGUUUCUGACGUUCUUGGUAAAUAUUUAUUGGAUAUUCAACUAAGAUCUGACGCAUCGACCGUGAUAAACUACACAAAGACAUUUGCUGAUACACUAGUCGCAUGUCGAGGCGCACUCACCGAUGGUGAUAAAAGAGGAAUACUAGCAUGUGAAUCAUUGAUUAACAUAAUUUGGAGCAUAUCUUUUUAUAAUCCCGACGACGAGAGCAACGAUGAUGUCAAGAAACAACUCUCUGACUUCCGGUCCAACCUAAAAUCACAUCCAGAACUAAUCCUUGUCCUUCAAGGUUUAAAAGAUAAUCAAAAUGACGCAGCAAAAUGUAUACUAUGGAAUCUUAAUCCUGAACAGAAACAGAUUAGUGAUCCGGUUUUGCCUUAUUCAGGUUUAAACAGAAAAUCGACAUUAAAACCUGAAAUAUCAAUUUGGAUCAGUGCAUCGGGAACAACCCCAGAUCUUGAUAUUUGUUCGCAGCUAGUGAACGCUUUGAAGAAAAACUCCUCUAACCAAUAUGUUGUACUGGUCAAUAAUGAUGAUACUUCAUGGGAGAAGAUUACUGAAACAAUAGACGAAGCUACAAUUGUACUAUUUCUUGCAACAGAUGAUUAUUACACAUCAAGAUAUUGUCGUCAAGCAGCGAUUUAUACAACUAAUUGUAAUAAGCCAUUUAUUCUACUAUGGCCUUACCAAGAAAAACAUUCCUGCAUGAAAGGAUGGCUGAAAAAAUUAGCAGGUAAGAAUGCGGAUCCUGUUCCCUUUAGAAAAGAAUGGCUCAUUAAUGGGACAGAAACAAUCCAGUUAGUGAACGAUAUAUUUGACGUAAUAGCAGAACGUACAAGCCAUCGAUUUGAAACGAAGCGAGAUACUUUUCUGGAAGGAUCUCAACCUGGGCAACAACUAAAGAAAACCACAACAACAAGACCAUCAGCUAUUAACUCAGUUGUUUGUAACAUUGCAUGA